CAGGGAUUGAAACAACAUGGCCGCCGAACAGAACUAGACAACAAAAGAUUUGUCAAGUGAAUUCUACAAACCAUAAGUGUUUGCUGCAUGACCUCACAGAGCACAAAGAAGGAAGCCAAGAUAGAAGACUCCAGUUGUGAACAUCCUAUAGUCAAACCUGGUCCUGAACAUCCUGGGAACAAGAUGGACUGUCCUGAGCAUCCUGGGAAGGAGACUGACAGCAGCGAGAACCAACCAACGGAUGUAGCAGACAAGCCGCAGGAAACACGUGAUGUACACUCUACCCAACCCGAUAACCAAUCAACCGCAGAGGUACAGGCAAGCAACGGACAUGCAGAAAAUCCUCCUCCUAUGAACACUGAUAAGCUUUUCAUGUGUGGGGAGUGUGGGUACAGGUCCGAUCAAAGAAAUCACAUAAUCCAGCACAUGAGAGCGACUCACAUGGGAGAAAAACCCUUCAAAUGCAACCAGUGUGUCUAUUCCGCCACCAAGAAAUCCGACUUGAGUCGACAUCAUUUACUGAAACACACCGACGAGAAACCCUUCAUGUGUGGGGAAUGUGGGUUCAGGACAGCUCUAAAGCAUAACUUGGCCCAGCACAUGAGAACUCAUACGGGUGAAAGCCGCACAAGUGUGACCAGUGCGAGUAUGCGGCACUAAAGAAAUCUGACUUGAAUCGUCAUCAUCUAGUCAAACAACACAAUACCACUGGAGAGAAACGCUUCAAAUGUAACCAGUGUGAGUAUAAGACAAAUCUAAAAGCUCUUCUGUCUCAACAUUUAGUAAUGCAUACAGGGGAGAAGCCAUACAUGUGUGGGGAAUGUGGGUACAGGGCCGCGAAAAAGUUUUCCCUGUUACAACACACAAGAGCACACCACACAGGAGACAAACGUUUCAUGUGCGGGGAGUGUGGGUACAGGACAGUAUACAAGAACGCAAUGUUCAAACACAUGAGAACACAUACGGGUGAACGGCCCUACAAAUGUGACCAGUGUGACUAUACAGCGUCAUCAUACUCGACUAUGGACUCGCAUAAAAAAAGGCACACCGGUGAGAGACCUUACGUCUGUGAAUUGUGCGGCCACCGCUCAAAAGUAAAAGGGGACCUAAACCGACACAUGGUCCUACAUACUGGCGAAAAACAAUACAAAUGUAGCCUUUGCGACUUUUCGGCAAUUUGGAAAGCUUCGCUUGAUGCUCACCUAGUAAAACACACGGGGGAGAAACCGCACUUGUGCGAAACAUGCGGGUACCGGACGCACAGCAAGGCUUACUUAUUGGACCAUGUGAAACUCCAUACGGGUAUUAAACCGUACAAGUGUGACCAGUGUGACUAUUCCGCAACACUGAAGAAGUAUUUGGUUCAACAUCAAGGAAAGCACUCGAGUGAGAAGCCUCAUAUGUGUCAUAUGUGUGGGUACAGGACAGCUUAUAAGGGGAAUCUAGGACAGCAUAUGGCAAGGGUACAUUCUGAUGAAAAAACUGCACAAACUUGACUACCGUAAAUCAUAAAACGUUCACUUUGGUUUUAUUGUUGCAGUGAUCACACAAUACUAAUUCACUGUGAAUAUCCUUCUCUGUGUGGUACUAUUGGUCUACUAGAACAGAAUCGUUUCAAAUGAAAAUUCAAACAGCCAAAUAAAACCACUGUAAAAGUAAAUUGAUUUGUGGUAUGUCUUAGCAAGGAAAUUGACUUACUAGUAGCAAAGUAGCAAGGAGUUUUCUACAAAGGAAAUUCACUCAGCAAGGAAGUUUGCCCAAUCUUAACUGCUUGGAAAUUAUGCAAGAGAAAAAUAUAACUAUAAUCACAAAGUAAAGAGAAAUCAUAAUGUAUAUUACAUAGAUGCAGAAACUUUCGCAGCGAUUUAAUGUUAGCGUUUUUUGCGGUGGCCACUUCACUGCGAAAAUUCUUCCAUGGUGGAGACUGCAGUGCAUAGUGCUACCGCAAAUUUAGAUAAAACCACCGCAAAAAGUCCUUUUUCCUGCUACCACGAAUUGAAAUCCCGCAAAUUUAAAAGCAUUUACAGUAUAUUGAUCGUAAAUGAAAUCUGCAAGAGAAAGAUUUUCAAACAAGACUCUUGAAGUAAAAGUAAUUGACCAAAACGAACGGACACGGACUAUGAACACUGAGGUAUCUGCACCACUGUAUGUUUUGUACCAUGUAUGUGUAGUGAUAUAGGUUGAUGAAUCUAAUAGUACUCAAUGUAAUCUGUCUCUGUAUUAUAAUUUAUAUGACCCUGACCUCCCUCAUGACCUCAAUGAAAAGCGGCCUGCUGGCCGAUUUAAGUUUCUCAUGAAUAAAUAAAGGUUCAAACAAACAAACAAACAGACAGUUAUGUAAUAUGAGUUGGAAUAACUACAAUUGUAACAAUUAUAGUACUAUUGUAAGGAAUGACAAAGAUUUUUACUGCAAUCUAGCUUCAUACCAAUUGCAAGGAUUGUUUAUUUUGUAAAUGUAAAAUGUACAUUAUUGCUAUAGUAUAGCUCAACCUGUAGCUGUAAUAUUUAACAAAAUAACAUUUGGUCUUCAACAAUGACAGAAACAUGAAUGAACAGUGAACAGAAUGUUUAUCAAGGCUUCAGGUUUCUUAUGCUUGAGAACCCAUGCUUUUGAGACAAUAUUAGAUUUUUAAAAUGCUGAUUUUAAUGCUGCUUUUAAUGAUGAUUUCAAAUUUUCAAUGCAAAUACAAUGUUUUAUUAAUUUUCAGAGCUAAAUUUGUAAAUACAUUGUGUAUCAUAAUAGGAAUAGAAAUAACAUGUUUUUAGUUACAAAUAUGUAGAAAAGUUGUAUACUUCAGUGAAUACAGAUACAGUAUACUCAGAUACAGUAUCAUUAGUCAAAUAUCAGGUAUUUCUGACUUGUACCUAACAAUUUUUUACAGUAUUGUAAUGUUAAAUGGGUCACAGACCAAAAACAUAUCCCUUUAAUACGUAAUUGUGUUUUUUUUUUGUGACUAAGCAUAUUGAUGUACAUGUAGAAUUGGUGUUCUUGUUUAGAAUUAAACCUGACUUUAAAUGUA